UGUUGCUUUUCCAAUGGAACUGGGCUCUGUAAUUUGGGGAUUUCACCACUCUGAGCAUCAGCGAAAAAAUGGCAGCACCAACGCCGAUUAAUAAAACAGAAGAGGAAUGGAAGGUGAUUCUCUCCCCGGAGCAGUUUCGGAUCCUUCGCCAGAAAGGAACUGAAUUGAAGGGUACGGGAGAAUAUAACAAAUUUUAUGAAGAAGGAGUUUACAACUGUGGUGGCUGUGGAACUCCUCUUUACAAGUCUUCAACAAAGUUUGACUCUGGUUGUGGCUGGCCUGCUUUCUAUGAGGGUUUUCCUGGGGCCAUCAACCGCUCUCCUGACCCAGAUGGGAGGAGGACAGAGAUAACUUGUGCAGCCUGUGGUGGGCACUUGGGUCAUGUUUUCAAAGGAGAGGGAUUCAAAACCCCAACUGAUGAACGCCAUUGUGUGAAUAGUAUUUCUGUCAAAUUUGUUCCAGGAAAUGCUACUGCUUCAAUAUGAAACCUUCUUCUAUUGGAGGUGUUUAUUGAAACAUUGUCUUUGUUUGAAGUCUUAAUUUGAUUUUUAAAGAUAGCCAGCUUAGCCCAGUGUCUAAAAGCUUGAAUAAUUGAGCAUGGACUGUAGUUCUUGAACCAAUAAAGUCCUCUGUUUUUUU